GCGCUGACAGGAGCCCCCGGCCAUUGGCUUCGGUGAGCGGCGCUGUGGCGAGGGCGGCAGCUCCAGCCGCGGCUGUUCCCGUAACCAAGGCGCUGCCUGACACACACAGACACGCACACACACACAGACAGACAGACCGAGCGCGGCCUCGGGGGCCGCCUUUACAGCUCUUCUCCCUGUACCAUGCUCCGCUCCCGGCAGCGCCCGCCCCCUGCUCCCUGAGGGGAGAACAGCCCGCUGCCGCCCCGCCACCAGUCGAGCGGGCGACUGGCGCCCGGCUACCCGCCCCCCUUCCCUACCCCGGCUACCUGAGUUAGCUCCGUCCCGGGGACUUCGGGCUGCCGCCCCUUCGCAGCGCCUCUCCCAGCUCCCGCUGUGGCAGCGCUUGGGCGGCGGGGGAGUGAGCCGCCAGCAGCCGGAGGGACUGCAGCCGCCGCCGCCGCCGCCGGGGGAGAGCAGCUCCAGCCCCCGCCUCCGGAGCUCUUCAUGGCGUCUCACCAGCAGACCAGGAUCCAAGCCUACCUGGAGAAGAAUAAGAUCGGUCCCCUCUUCGAGGAGUUGAUGACCAAGCUGAUAACAGAGACACCUGACCAGCCCAUUCCAUUUCUAAUUGAUCAUCUUCAGUCCAAACAGGGGAACCGCAGUCAGCUUCAGAGAACGUUGUCUGGCUCUGCUGCCCUUUGGGCAGAGAGUGAAACAUCAGAAAAUAAAGGAACAAGGAGAGAUUUUAGAAGUUAUGAUAAACCUUGGCAGGUAAAUGCAAAAAAGCCUAAAAAGUCAAAGAGCGACCUUGCCGUGUCCAACAUUUCUCCACCGUCACCGGAGUCCAAGUCAUUGCCAAGGUCAAUAGAGCAUCCUAAAUGGGAUUGGAGGACAAAACCGGAGAACCAUGAUUUUGAUGAACUAAAUCAUAUUCUUCAAGAGAGCAAAAAACUUGGAAAAGCCCUUGAGAAUCUGUCUCGCAGCAUUGCUAUUUCUGAUGAACUCGAUAAGGACACAACGGGUUUUAACACACCCCUUCUCAGACCUCGUGUGAUUGGAGAAUGGAUUGGUCGUGAAGAGAAUGAUGCUGACCCACUGGCUGCUGAGAUGCUGCAGCCACCAAUACCAAGAAAUAAAAAUGAGCAGUGGGACAGUGAGGAUAGCAGCAGUCCUGGAGGAAGCUUAAAAAUGGAGCCGAAGACCAAAGGACUAAAACAACAGCAGCAGCAACAUAAGAAACUGCUGGCUGCCAUGCUUUCUCAGGACUCAUUUGAUUCUGCUCAAAGCACAGCUCCAUCUGUAACCGAAGAAGAUAUUGACAAUGAAGAUGAUGCAAUGGAACUGCUGGAGGAUCUUGAUGAUCUAAGAAUGGAAGGAGUAACAAGUGUGAUGUCUUCUGGGAGCAAAUUCAAUCAAACCCGAAGUGCUCAUACAUCUGAGCCUCAAGCAAAGGUCACUUUGAAUAUCUGCGCAAGAUGUGCCAGAUUGCAAGGAGAUAAUUUGGCAGAAAGGCCAGAAGAUGUCUCCAUGGUGUCUCAAACAUCUGAGCCAGCAGUGUCAGACUCUGAUGCUCAAGUACCCGGGGUUGAAACACUUACGGAAGAUAUUGAUGAAUUUCAGAGUGCCUCUCAAGUGGCAGUAUCUUCUCAGACAGUUUGGACCCUGGAUGCCAUGGAUGUCAGACCUGGAGGUUCCCCAAGGCAGAAACUCUUAAAGGACUCCUUAGCAGCAAAAGAACUUCAGACCAUGGAAAAACACCUAGCUGAUAUUGAAAAGGACCUAGCACUAUGGGAAGAAGCAAGGCUCUCAAGAAGCCCUACCAUCCAACAUCAUAGUUUAGUUACAUCUGACCAUCAAGGCAAUGUUCAAGCUACACAGGGCCAAAAUCCGAGGCCUCAGGUGCCAACUCAGAUGGGGAAGAACAUUCAGCUCCAAGGAAACAAAUCACCACCGCUGCCCACUAACAGCAGAACACUGGUCUCCAGUGUUGCAAACAGUAGGCCUCCAACAGCCGGUACACAAACCAACAGGCCACCAACUCCAUCAACGCCGGGGAGCAGGCCCGUGACCCCGAAUAGCUUGCUGUCAUGGCCUCUUACCCCUAGCAACCAAGGAAAUAGGGAAGGCAUCAUUAGUAUGCAAAGAAGCAGAUCUUUGACAUCUAAGAGCCAAAUGGGGAGGACCCUCAGCGCUGCUUCAGGGCUUUCUGUGCAAAUGAGUGGAGACAUUGUUGGAACUGUCACUACUCAGAGAAGCAGUUUAUCAGAAGAUGAAUUCUUACAACAGCUUCAGCUUGCUCAUCAACCUUGGAUAUUGCCGAGUGACACAGAAAGUGAAGGAGUGGAAGCUGACCAAGACAAAUGUAAGUACAUUUGUUAG